AGCGGAAGGAUUAGAUCAGAGCACUCCUUAGACUGAAUGGGCCUAGAAUGACAGCGGCUACUACUCCACUUCCCGGACGGGUCCAACUGGUGUUCAAGAAAUCAAAUAUUAUUACCGUGAGCCUGAAAAUUCAUCAUCUACGCCCAGAAAACCGGGUCAUGCUGGCCCCAGUGUUGCGUCUAAUCAGCAGUAUCCAUAUUGCUCGCUAAUUGCGGCAAGGAAUAAUGUAUAUACCACCUCACAGACGAGGGAUAUCGGACGUUUGGGAAUGAUGCAACUUCGAUCCCUUCUUACACUCCUUUCGCCCCGAUAAAUGAUUACUACAAUUCUUGAAAUUCCUUUAGUCAAAAUUUUGAUUCAAUUCCUGCCAGGGGCACUUUUGACACUUCUAGUUCUUUCCAAUACCCAUCUGCUAACAAUUCUACAUGGCCGCCGACGGAAGGGGCGGCUUCAUCAAUUUUAGAGGCCACAAUUAGUGGAAUGAAUUCCAUGUCAUUGACGGCAUCGCGGGCUGCACUGCCAAGUAUGAUAUUUAGUUGUGCUUUGAUGAUUAGGGCUCACUAAGAAAUGAGUAGAUCACUUCAACUCCCAGGUAUCUCAGCGACUAUCUUCAGCAGGUAUAAGGUACAUAUCCAGAGGACCCAAUACAGACGAUACAGGAACUCUAGAUCCCAGUGAGUCCAUAGAACCAAACCUUCAGAAUUGACUAACUAAUGAUAACUCCAAGGGUAUCAGGUGCACGCCGGCCUCCGCGAAGAUGAUUUUUGGAUCGUGGGCCGUGCAUUUGUGGACUGAGCCAGUGCAGCCAAAGUACCAGCACAGGGAGGAACACGCAAUAGUUUGCACUCCAGCACCACAUACCUUGGACAACAACUAUAUAGUGAAACAUGACGAUUUGUAGUGGUGCUGAAGCAACUUGAAAGUUCUAUUUGCUGGUUUGUAUCACCUAAAUUGUGCAUGCAAGAUAUUGACUGACUAAUCUAAUAACCUAAUAGUCCUAUACACACAUACUCCAAUCAAGCGACACUCAAACCUAAUCUUCCCUUGCCCGAACGACACACCAUCAUACAUACCACACUGCGUGCCCCACAGAAACACUCCUAAAAAUCCAAUAACGGCGCCUUAGUAACCGUUGACCUCAUCUUAGACCCUGUUCGGGCCAUGAGCGAAAGUAGUGAUCACGAAGGCAAGCUACAUGAACUGAGCCGCUUGAACUACAUCAAAGUCUAUAAUGUAGAACAUUAUGUCCGCGUGUCAAACAUCAGAAAGGUGGCUAGCGAGUCAAGGGAUUCGCUCUCAAAAGGGUAUAAUAGUAUUAAGAUCUCAUAUUGGAUUCUAUGAAUGACUGAGAGUCCAGGAUGUAUACGUCACACUGAUUGAUAGGGCAUAUAUUCCUCUCUCUAAAAUUGAGGCAACACUGCACUGUUUUAAACCUACGAUCGAUGCAAUACGCUUCUUGGGUAUUUGAG